AUGGCCCCUACCAAGAAGACCCCGCCCCCGGUCUACGUCCUCGGCGUCGGCAUGACCAAAUUCCUCAAGCCCGGCUCCGGCAUAGACUACCCCGAGAUGGGCCUCGAAGCCUCCGUCAAGGCCCUCGUCGACGCCCAGGUCAACUACGACGAGGUCGAGGCCGCCGUCGCCUGCUACUGCUACGGAGACUCCACCUGCGGCCAGCGCGUCGUCUACCAGCUCGGCAUGACCCAGGUGCCCGUCUUCAACGUCAACAACAACUGCAGCACCGGGUCGACCGGUCUCGUCAUGGCGCGGACGCUCAUCUCCUCGGGCAUGGACUGCGUGUUCGUCGUGGGCUUUGAGAAGAUGAUGGCGGGGAGCUUGAAGGGCUUUUGGGAUGAUAGGUCGAGUCCGUUGGGGACGCUUAUGGCCAAGAUGGCGGAGACGAGGGGCGUGACCAAGGCGCCGGGUGCGGCGCAGAUGUUUGGUAAUGCGGGGCGGGAAUACAUGGAGAAAUACGGCGCCAAGGUCGAAGACUUUGCCGAGAUUGCCCGCAUCAACCACGCCCACUCCCCCAACAACCCCUACUCCCAAUUCCAAACCGUCUACAGCCUCGAGCAAGUCCUCGCCUCCCCCAAGAUCCACGAACCCCUCACAAAGCUCCAAUGCUGCCCCACCUCCGACGGCGCCGCCGCCGCCGUCAUCGUCUCCCAAGCCUUCCUCGACGCCCGCCCCCACCUCAAAGACCGCGCCAUCCUCGUCGCCGGCCAGAGCCUGACCACCGACGCGCCCUCUGCCUUCAACGGAAGCUCCAUCGACCUCAUGGGCUACGACAUGACAAAGCUCGCCACCGAGACGGCGCUGGGCCAGGCGGGCAUCACGGCUAACGAUGUGCAGGUCGUUGAGCUUCACGACUGCUUCUCGGCUAAUGAGAUGAUCACACUCGAUGCUAUGGGUCUCUGCGGGAAGGGCAAGGCUCACGAGUUGGUUAGGAACGGAGACAUUACUUACGGCGGGAAGUACGUCGUCAACCCCUCCGGCGGGUUGAUUUCCAAGGGUCACCCCUUGGGAGCUACGGGUCUUGCGCAGUGCGCGGAGCUCGUGUGGCAUCUUCGCGGCUGGGCGAAUAAUCGUGCCGCUGGAGGCCAGGGCGCCAAGGUUCAAGGGAAGAAGGGCACGAAGUGGGCCAUGCAGCAUAACCUCGGUCUUGGGGGCGCUGCUGUCGUCACGGUGUACAGGAGGGCUGACGGGAAGGAGGCUACCGUGCUGUCGGAUGCUGAGAUCGCGAGGAUUAGUGGCUUGGGGUAUAACCCGGCCGUGGAGGCUCGGGGUGUUACGGAGGAGGAUAUUGCGAAGGUGGUUAGCAAGACGAAGACUCAUCCGUUCGCGAGGAAGGCGGUUAAGGCGAAGUUCUAA